AUGAAUAAGAGUUAUCAGCCUCACGAGGGUCACAUCCCGUACCUGCUGCAGCUCUUCAUAGAUUACAACCUGUAUGGCAUGAACCUGAUAAACCUGGGAGCUGUGAAGUUUCGCUGGAGCCCCAAAAAAGAGGAAGUAACAGCAGACCCAGAAAGACCAACCUCAUGCCCCAUCAUUAGUCCCUGGACAAUCCCUGGUUCUCCCAAACCUAAUAACGGCGCUCUGGGGGGCACCUUUGUUCACUGGGAAGAGAACUCUUUACCCAGUUCCUUAUUCCUAGAUGGCGUUGAGAGACAGAGCACCUGUGAGCUGGAGGUUGAUGCUGUUGCUGUAGAUAUCCUGAACCGCCUUCAUGUCGAAACCCUAUGGUGGAUAUCUACUGGCAAAGGCUUUCAAUAUUCUGGCACUGAAUGUCAGACUGGCAGGAACCCGGGAUUGCAGGCUAUUUGGGAAGAUGAGAAGCAGAGAAGAAGAGAAAACAACCAGACCUCCCAGAUCGAAGCCCCCGAGUCACAAGGAAUCACAGCAGGAGAAGUUGCCCAUGAAGUUAAGACCAGCGGUCUCAGAUUUGUGGAGUUCGACCCGCGACUCCAACAACCGGAAGCCCAGCCGCGGCGAACAGGUCCGCUGUGGAAGCGCGACUUGACCCGUGGGACCGGGAAGGACUCAGGUGGAUCGGUGCAGUGCCAGGACAGGUGA